UCAUCAGCGCUGAUCUUUGUUGUUACAUUUCCAAUAUGGCGCUUAGUAAGACAUUUGGACAAAAACCUGUCAAAUUCCAGCUUGAAGAAGAUGGGGAUUAUUAUAUGAUUGGGUCAGAGGUUAGUAUUUUAUUUGGUUAUAGUAUAUUUUAAGAUGAGUCAUUUAGUGUAAUUUAGCUAUAGUAUAACCAACGUUAGUAACGACAGUUUGGUGCGUUUGCUUGAUAAUUACCGGCGCGUUAGCAGCUAGCGGAGGCGAGAGAUAGCAGCAACAGUAGCUAGCUAGUCGAUAACACAACAGUAACAGAUGCUGCCCUCGUUAGCUAGCAAGCGCUUACGUUUUCUCAAUUUGACGUUUUUGCUUUUAGGUAGGAAAUUACCUGCGUAUGUUCAGAGGUUCCUUGUAUAAGAGAUAUCCAUCACUAUGGAGGAAACUGGCAUCAGUGGAGGAGCGGAAGAAAAUAGUGGAAUCAUCACACGGUUAGUAACUAAUUAGUUAAUGAUCAUGAAACGAUAAUAUGGGAUAACGAAGGCCUACUCUUGUAAUGUGGUUAAUUGCUAAGCCCUUUCUUCACUGCUAUCAGAUCAUGGUUACACAACCUUAGCUACCAGUGUGACCCUUCUGAAGGCAUCAGAGGUAGAGGAGAUCUUUGAAGGAAACGACGAGAAGUACAAAGCUAUCUCCAUCAGCACAGAGCCCCCAGCCUACCUCAGGUAUUGUCAUCAUCAUUAUGCAUUCUCUCAUAAAUGUUUUGCCUGGCCCUUGAUGGUCCAGGUAUUGUAGUCAAUAAGUCUUGUUUCAUAUAUUGUCUUCACUUGUCACUGUGUCUGGCCUUGCCAACAGGGAGCAGAAGGGUAAGAGGAAUAGUCAGUGGGUCCCCACACUGCCCAACAGCUCUCAUCACCUGGACGCUGUCCCCUGCUCCACCACUAUCAACCGCAGCCGCUUAGGCCGAGACAAGAAGAGGACCUUCCCUCUCUGGUGAGCCUGAUAAAAACCUAAACCGCUGUCAGAACAGAUUAACUCUGAUGUAAAGGCCUAUCAUAGUCAAUCAUAAUGUAAACAAAACUGUUUGAAACAAUCUUUCCAAUGUGUGGCUGUUCUCUCUCCCAUGCACAGCUUUGAUGACCAUGAUCCUGCAGUGAUCCAUGAGAACGCCACCCAGUCUGAGGUUCUGGUUCCAAUCCGACUGGACAUGGAGAUAGAGGGGCAGAAGCUCAGGGAUGCUUUCACCUGGAAUAUGAACGGUAGGAUUGCAUUGUAGCUUUCACAGUCUAAAACUGGUGUCCAUAACGAUGGUAUUUGAAUCCCUUUAUAUCUCAUACUUUUCUAGAACAGUUAUUUCAACAUGACAACAUUCUUGUCAUCUUCUGUCCAACCACCUUUUUUUCUCAGUCCUAGUUCAAGUCCUCAUGUUAUACAUGCUGUUGUUCCUCAGAGAAGCUCAUGACUCCUGAAAUGUUUGCGGAGAUCCUGUGUGACGACCUGGACCUGAACCCCCUGGCCUUCGUCCCGGCCAUCGCUUCAGCCAUCCGCCAGCAGAUAGAGUCCUAUCCCACAGAUAGCAUCCUGGAUGAACAGACUGACCAGAGGGUCAUCGUCAAGGUACAACCAAGAUUGUUAUGUCAACUUACUGUGUGUGCAACGAUGUGGUGAGACCAGAGUUAGGAAACGUAGACUGUGUCUUAUAAUUAAAGGCGCAAUUUGUAGAAAUAGCUCCACCAUUUCCUGAUUUAAUUUUAAACUGCUGUGAAAUAUAUUUUGAAUAACUGAAAAUAUUGUAUUUUCAUCCGUUUGAACCUGAUGUAAAAAAAAUAACGAAAGAAAAAGGAGCUAAUACAAAACUUACGGAGGGAAAUCAUAGAAAUAUCACACAAAGGUCAUACCACGUAUGAGACUUCCUUUCAAUGAGAAUGACAGAUCUAUAACUCUUAUUUCUAUCUGAAAUCACAUAAUGGACCUUUAACUGAUAGAUCAAACAUGAUUUCUUAUCUUCACCAUAAGCUAAACAUCCACGUUGGAAACAUCUCACUGGUGGACCAGUUUGAGUGGGAUAUGUCGGAAAGGGAGAACUCCCCAGAGAAGUUUGCCUUGAAACUGUGCUCGGAGCUGGGUCUAGGGGGAGAGUUUGUCACCACCAUCGCUUACAGCAUCCGAGGACAACUUAGUUGGCACCAGAGGACAUACGCUUUCAGGUAAUAUAUACAGAUUGAUGGUCUUCACGGGUCCGGGUCCAGAAUUCUAAAUUCUCUCACAGGUCUGGGUCCGAUCUGAUAUGAUUGUCACGGGUCUCAGGUAUGUGUAAUUAUAAUAGAUUUCCCCUUAAAGACCCGUACAGACCUGAACGCAACUGCUGCAGUAAAGAAAGAGAGAAAAUGAUAUUUAUGUUUCUGCUCUUGCUUUUCACGAGUGGCGUGUACCUUGUUGUCCGACAAUCAUAAGUCAUCAAAGCAGCACUACAGUCAUAGAGCCAUAGAGCCUCCGUGUGUGGCAAAAUAAGUUAGGAGGUAUCUAAUCGCUCAGCUACGGAUAAUAAAGUAGCUUAAAAAUUGGGCUUUUAUGCUGCUUACCUCACUCGGACCGGGUCUGGAUCCGACUGGGUCUAUACGGAACGGGUCAGGUUGUCCUCGGGAACGGGUCUCUAACAUAUGUAUAGCAAAUACUCAAAGCUGAGCUGGUAACAGAGGACUGAUCUGUCUCCCAAUAGUUUUUGUAUUUGGGUGAAAUGUAAUAGACGUUCUUGACUUUGUAGAGUCUGUUUGUGAAGCAAUGUAAGAAUUAGAUGAAAAGUAACUCCAAAGACAGUAUCACUGGCCUCUGUUGGGCUUCUAUACCAAAAUACCCCUUUCAGCAACAUGCUAUUUUCCUGUCUGGCUGUGUCUCAUGGUUGUGUAAGUAAUUUGUUGUGGCUCUUUGUCUCUGUGAAGUGAGAACCCGGCUGCCCACGGUUGAGAUAGCCAUCCGGAACACAGGUGAAGCUGACCAGUGGUGCCCCCUGCUGGAGACACUGACACGCAGAGAUGGAGAAGAAGAUCAGGGACCAGGAUAG